UAUCUUUCUCCAAAUUCGGUUUCCAUCUGUAACUUCUCUUCUCCGUUUCCACGUUCCUAUUUUCUUCUUUCAGAGAGGGCAAUGGGCGAUCAGAUUGAGAAGGGAGACGAAUUCUUGAAGAAAGCUGAGAAGAAACUUAACGGCUGGGGCUUAUUCUCCCCCAACAAAUACGAGGAUGCAGCUGAUUUGUUCGACAAAGCCGCCACUGCCUUCAAACUGGCUAAGUCGUGGGAUAAAGCCGGGGAAACAUAUGUCAAAAUGGCCGAGAUUUAUGCGAAGCUAGAUAGUAUUCACGAAGCUGCUAAUGCAUAUGCUAGUGCUGGUAAAAACUAUAAGAAAACUAAUCCUGAGGAAGCUGUAAACUGUCUAAGCAAAGCAGUAGAUUUAUUUAAGGUGAAUGGACGGCUGGAUAUGGCUGCAAGAAUUUGUAAGGAAAUUGCUGAGAUAUAUGAGAAAGAUAAAAAAAUUGCUAAAGCCAUUGAAUGGUAUGCACUAGCAGCUGAUCUUUUCGAAGAUCAAAAGACAACUGCAAAUCAGUGCAAAGAGAAAAUUGCUCAAUUUUCUGCCGAGUUAGAAAAUUAUAAAGAAGCAAUUGAUGCAUAUGUGGAGAUAGCCCAAGAUUCUGUUAAUAACAACCUGUUGAAAUACGGAGUUAGAAAGCAUCUUCUUAAUGCUGGUAUUUGUGAACUAUGUAAGUGUGAUGUUGUUGCAAUCAAAAAUGCUUUAGAGCGAUACCAGGAAUUGGAUCCGACAUUCUCAGGAACACGGGAGUAUAAGCUAUUAGAGGAUCUGACUGCUGCAUUGGAUGAGGAAGAUGUUGUAAAGUUCACAGAUGCUGUCAAGGAAUAUGAUAGCAUGACUCCGCUGGACCCUUGGAGGACCACUCUUCUGCUUAGGGUGAAGGAGUCGAUCAAAGCUAAAGAAUUAGAGGAGGAUGACCUUACUUGAACUCCCAAUGUAGGCUAUGCCUACAUCAAUGAUUUGUUCUACUGGUGUGUUAUGGUCCUAGUUCUGGUUUGAAUCUUUCUUUAACAUUACAAUCUUGGGAGUGGAAUAUUCGUGAUGUAUAUUGAUGAGUGAGAUUGAAUUGUGGGUCGAAUUUUUUUAGUGUCGAAUUGGUUUAUAACUUUAUAUAAUUAUAUUAUACAUUUAUACAUGUGUCAUGUUCAUUUUUAAUUCAGACUGAUGCUUACUCAGUUCCAAACUGCACAUCCCAUCACGUUUAAUGUUUGUUUGGUUUAGAGUGAUUGCGAGACAAGAAAGAAAGACGCGAGAAAGAGAAUAAAAUGAUAAAGAAAUCUGAAAAACGUGUUAUUGGUGUUCCUUGAAAUCAUUGAUCCACUGGAGGAAGAAACAUAGCGUAAUACCGUAAUAGUGGAUGGGAUAAAAAGUGGGUUUGUUUGGCUCAUAAAAAGUUUACUACACAUUUGUGGCAAAAUAAAAG